UAAUGGGUAAAGCAGAAGGACGUGGCAAAGAAUGGCAUGGCCACGUAACGGCUAUUACUGUUGCACCUGAAUAUCGACGAUUGGGUUUAGCCGAUGAAAUGAUGAAAUUGCUAGAAAACGUAUCAGAGAAAAUUUACGAAGGCUAUUUUGUCGACCUCUUUGUUCGCGUCUCAAACACUGUUGCAAUUAAAAUGUACAGGCAGUUUGGUUAUUCUGUAUACAGACGUGUUGUUGGCUAUUAUUCUUCUGGAGAUAAUACUGAAGAGGAUGCUUUUGAUAUGAGAAAACCAUUGUCAAGGGAUGUUAGAAAAGAAAGCAUAAUCAAGAAUGGAGAAAAUAAUCUCAUAAAUCCUGACGACUUGUAG